AUGAGAAGUAAACUGCAAAAUCAAGAUCUCGAGGCAUACAUAGAGAAAGAAAAAAUGUCAUACUCAGAGCUCUAGGAUAUUAAACUUAUACCUGUGUUAAGUGAUUAAUAUGUGAAUAGGACGUGGAAGUAGAGAUAUGAUGAUGGAGAUUUCAAGUUUAAAAAUAUUAAGGAUAGAUGGAGCGAUAGAGUCCAAAACUAACAGAGAGAUCAUAGGUUCUUAAGGUAUCUGAUAAGUUAAAAGGAUAAACUGUAAGAGAAGAAUGAUUAGAUCAUUAUGGAUAUGGUUAUAGCUAAGAUUGAGAAGAUAUAUCGAACUCAUUAACUGUAUAUUUUUGGAGGAUGUACUAUUUUGGGAAUCCUCGUGUUUAUGAGGCAAAGAAUUCCUAUUAAUAUUAGAUUGUAUUGCCUGAUUGGAAUGCCUGUAAUUGGGUAUCUAUAUUAUCCAAGAGCAGCUGAGAGAGCAGUAAAAAAAUAGUCAAGCAUGAUUGUCAAAUUUGCAUAUCAAAAUAGAGAUACUCUACUCGGAAGAGCAAUCACUACACACAUAUAUAGAUCCCUUUAAAGAUUUGGAUAGAGAUAUUGGGAUAGGUAAAUGCAUUAGCAAAUUAGAGAUGAGCUUUUGAAAAAGAAAUGA